UUUAAAUCCAAAAAAAUUUUGAGCUCUACAACAAAAUGAGACUCUUACUACCUUUCUGGUGGGCAGUGUUGGUGCCCAUUAGUAUUUCUUCUACCUUAAAGACCUUGGAUCCUGUUCAUAAAGAUGGCACCCCCGAGAAUGAAGUGGAUAUGCUAAGCAACUUCUACCUAGCUGUGGAGAAGGCUUCCCCUGAAUUGCAGGACCUUCGAUCAUCAUUUGAAAGUCUGCGUGAGCAGUAUAAUCAUUUUACCACCCUCGAUGACAUGCUAGCCAACUUUGGUCAGCAGCAGGACGAGGAUUUUAAGGAAGACACGGAGGAGGAGAUGCAGGUUUGGCAGGAGUCAACAAAAGCCUGGAUUCGAGAUAUUGAAGCGAAUUUCGCCAAGAACGGUGUAAAUCUAAAUAUAUCAGAGCUGGAACGGGAAGUCAAUUCAGGCAAAAAAGACAAAUCCAAAGAGCAUGCAGAGAAGUUGAAAAUGAUCCAUGAAGACAUUAACUUGGAGAAGAAUUCUGCGACUAAGAAAGAUAGGUUACGCGAACCUGAGGCUUCUGCCAUUAAAGAAAAGGUGAAGCUUAAGCCAAACCAUGAUCUUCAGGCCUCGGUUCCUUUUACAAAUAGUAAUACCAAAGAUACAAGGAAGCUGCUGAUCAAUCCGGCUAUGGUUGCUCCCGAGCAGACUCGAACUAAGAGAUCCUUGAAAGAAAAUCAACAAGAGCAGCCUGAGCAACGUGUGAAGCGUAAAGCACAUAUGUUUGAUGAUUUCGAGGAUCACAAUGGCAAUCGGGCUAGUUUUGGGGUCUUGGGUAAUGGGUUGCUGACACCUGAUGCCGAGGGUCAGGGAGGAAACUCCAUGUCUUUACCUGAUCAUGAAAUGAUGGCUCUUGAAGCCAGCCAGGAUGAUGAAUCCCUGGCACAUAUUUACGAUCCCACAGAGAAUCUGGUGCCUCUAUUUAUUCAGCAACAGCAAGUGCAGCAUCAGCACCAAGAUCAACAGCAGCAGCAAAAGCAACAGCAGCAACAGAAACGUCAACAACAACAGCAACCACAACCACAACCACAACACCAACAGCCUCAGCAACAACAGCCUCAACAACAACAACAGCCACAAGGCAGACCCUCUCAUUUCAAGGCCAGCUUUAAUCUCGCCAACAUUUUUAAAGAUCUCCAAAAGCCGCAGCUGCCUGUAACUUCCGUUCCUGUACAGCAGCCAAACCUACAAUAUCGACAGCCGGUGCCACAAUCUCCAAACAUUGGAGUCCAUCGGAACUUUGGACCCCUCCCCAACAAGCAGCAAAAGCUGAACAUGGAUCCAAACUGCGUACCUGUGACGGUCAUUCCGCCGAACUGCUCCACGUUCAACCCAGAACCUGUCAUCACCAGCACAACGCCACCUCCAGCUUCAUCAACUGAGAUCGGGGACGCCUGCACCAGUGCGGAUGCCGUGAAGAUGAGCGUUGCCAUCAAUGCCAAUGUGUGUGGCGACCCAAAGACAAAACUGUUCUCCGGCAAUGGCUCCAUCAGUGUACAGCCAGCACCUAAGAAGUUGUAUUCCGAAAACAUUUACCAGUCACAGAAUGCCCGACUUCGCGAUGGUGAAGCGUGGAUGGACGAACGACAUAUCAGAGACGCCGCUGAUGUGUUCAGCGAAGGUAUUCCGAGCCAGGAGUGGGAACUCGAGAAUGAAGAGAAAAAGCCGAGAUGGCUCAAUGCCCACGUUAAAGCACCCUCCUUUAAGGUGUCAGGAAAAAAGAAGAACACCACCACCACCAAACAGCCUUCCACGAAGGCACCAGCAAAAUCACACGAAAAAGGCAACAAAAAUUCAACCAAAUGCGACAAAACCCGGCCAGAGGAAUCCGAAGCCCGACCUAGCAGCUUCGACAAGUUGAUGUCAGGUAAACUGUCCGAGGACAUUGUGGACGCCGUCUUCGAGGCAAUUGGCUGUGAUCCUGAAAUGGAACGACUGGUGCCCGUGCUGCAACGGAAUCGCCAAAAGUCGAAGCAGGCAAAAGACUUCUACCAAAUCCGGGACAACAAGAACGAGAACUUCCUGCGCCAGACGGAGGGCAUGGUGCGGGACACCAUGCAUGCCAUUAGCGAGAUCAUCGAACAACAGGUUGGCCGUCGGGCCUGCAUUCCUCUGCGUCCGGAUCUUGUAGAUUUCUACGAAUUGAUUCUGAAGACGGCGGAGGAGGAGCAAAAGGUUCGCGAGAAGAGGCAAAGCUCUCUGCGGGUCCUCUCCGCAGACUUCAGCGAGGAUGUGCGUCUCCUGGAUCCCGAAAAGAUCAGCGAGAAGACACGGACUGUCAAGAAGCUGCUGCAGCAGUACGAGGACCUACCGCUGGGCGAUCAGCUGGCAGCGGCUAAAACUCACGAUGAGUUGCUGCUCGAUUUUGAAUUCUUACGUAAGAUGGCCGACACUGUAGAACAUCGCAAGCGGAGUGCCCGCCUCCAAGACGUGGUGAAGCAACAGACUCUCGACGAGGCUUUGGAGCAGCAUGUGGACAGAGAGUACUCACCGCGCUUCAUUAAGCUGCUGAAGACGGCGGAGCUCUUUAAGGAGUCAGGCGAAACGAUGGCCAAGGAUCGUGUUUAG